GCCGCAAUGUUGGCUAUCACAUCACUGUCUCUUUCCCUCUUCUCAUCUUUGCCGCGUGUGCCGAACUGUUGGCUUGACCAUAUGAUAGGCGGAAAAGCGUUAAAUGCGGCACAGUUUCCACCCCACAAUUUUGAAUCGCGAAUCAGCUACGCUAGACGAGCAGCUAUCGGUGCCGCGGCAUCAAUAAGCGCUACCUUCGCAUGCCUUCAACAUCUCGACGCAACCUCGACGCAACCUCGACGCAACCUCGACGCAACAUCUUUCUGCUAUAAAUGGUGAAAAGAUGUCGCAGAUUGGAUGGCGUGAAACUAUCUACCAUGGUUGCCUUUAUAAAAGCCUCCGAAUCGGCCCACCCUUUCGCAGCAUCAACGAAAUGGCAACUGACAAUCUCAACCUGGAAGGCGUGACAGCUGGCAUGUCCGAUAAAGAGUGGGAAAGUCUCCUUUUGAGCAUCGAAUGUGCUUCUCCCGAACACCUUUCCCCCUUGACUGCUGCCGAUCAACACCUUGAACGUCCAAGUCCGCCCACGACUGAUCAAGCGCUGUCCGACAGCACAUUCGGUUUCUCGCCGACGCCUUCGGCCAACAGCUACUUCUUUUCCUCUGGAUCAUUGAGACCUCCAAGAUGUCAGGCUACCCCCUUGGAUAUAUCGCAACCUUUUCCCCAGCUGAUAGCACAAAUUGAGUCGCGAUUGAGGACUAUGGAUGACUUUUCUGUGAACAUGGAGGCAUGGGCGAUGUCAUUGGCAGCCAGAAUGAAUGAGAUAAUAGGGAAUUUGAAUCGAGUUCGUGAUUGCAAAGUAAACCAGGAUCAGUAGAAAUUGCAUGCACGAGCUACAAGCGCUAGGCGCGUGGAGAUUACCGUUACAUGCAUCACCUGCAUAGAAUUUUGAUCUCGUGAUCGUUACCCCAGUCCCCG